AUGUGUGAAACUUUUAAUUCUUGGAUACUAGCUGCUAGACAUAAAGCUAUCAGAACUAUGUUAGAGGAGAUUAGGCACAAGAUAAUGGACAGAAAUAUUGCAAUGAGGCAAUUUGCAGAAACUUGGAUCUCAAAUAUCUCUCAUAUGGCUAGACUAGUACUUGAAGAGAACAAAGAUCUUGCUAGACUUUGUGAAGUUAGAUUCAAUGGUGAUAUUGGGUAUGAAAUCUUAGAUGGUCAGUACAGGCAUAUUGUUGAUAUAAGGAAGAAGACAUGUACAUGUAGAACAUGGCAAUUGAGGGGCAUACCAUGUCAACAUGUUGUGCUUGCAUAUCAGCACAAAGGCAUAGAACCUGAACAUGAAGUAGUGCAUUGGUAUAGGAAAGAGACUUUCUUGAAGGCUUAUAAUCACUUUCUACAGCCAAUACCGAACAUGAAAAUGUGGCCUCACACUAGUGGUGUAGUGAUUGAACCUCCUGAACCAAAAGUCAUGCCUGGUAGGCCACCAAAGUGCAGAAGAAAGGGAAAGAAUGAGCCUAGGAAAAAGUAUGGAAAGUUGUCCAAAAGAGGAGUAAAAAUGACUGGCUCAUUGUGUCAUCAAGUAGGCCACAACAAAAAAGCUUGUCCAACCAUGGUAAGUUAUUAUUAUCUUCUAAUUCAUUUACAAUUAGCUUCAAUUAUUUAG